AUGUCUGUGGUCCCAGUUGUCAACGUCGCCAAUGGCUACCUCAACCCCCCUUCCGAUGCGGAAACCCUUACGAUGUUUACGCCCGAAGACGAUCUUUCACGCGAGGUUGAGGAGUUCAUAAAGAGCCAUCCAGUUGCUGUUGAGUUGAGGUCACAACCACAGUUUUCGGAAUCUCGUCCACAUCUGAAGAUACCGGAGGGACAACGAAGCCAUAAUUUGACAGCAGGAACCCUGAUGGGCCCGGGUAGGGUUGUGGUUCCCCCAUUCGUGUGGAGUGAACGGGGUGGGAAGUCUCUGGUUUCUAUAUCGUACCUGGGAGAGGACCUUUGCGGUCAUCCGGGCCUGGUCCACGGUGGUCUUCUCGCUACACUUUUGGACGAAGGACUUGCGAGAUGUUGCUUUGCGGCACUUCCCAACAAAGUGGGCAUGACGGCCAACCUCAAUAUCAACUAUCGCAACCCAACACCAGCCGGUGGUUUCGUUGUCUUGCGUGCAAAGACUACCAAAGUUGACGGCCGCAAGGCAUGGGUCGAAGGUCACAUCGAAACCCUGGUAGCUGAAGGGGAGAAGCCAGUUGUGCUGGCUGAUGCAACGGCCUUAUUUAUUGAGCCCAGACAAGCUGCAACCAAUAUCACUUGGCACCCUUCACUCUCAAGGCACGAGCGAAAUGAGCUGCGGAAGCAACGUGGAUUCACAAUCUGGCUGACCGGUCUUUCUGCUUCGGGAAAAUCUACGAUUGCAACAGCUCUUGAGCAGCACCUUUUGCACCUGGGCGUCGCAGCUUACCGUUUGGAUGGAGACAAUGUACGCUUUGGGCUGAACAAGGACCUUGGGUUUUCGGAGAAGGAUCGCAAUGAGAACAUUAGGAGAAUUGCAGAGGUUGCCAAGCUGUUUGCCGACUCCUCCACAAUUGCCCUCACAUCCUUCAUCUCACCAUAUAAAGCUGACCGCCAGAUCGCAAGAGACCUCCACGCAGCCUCAAACCAGGGCGGAGACGAUCCGAUCCCGUUCAUCGAAGUGUUCAUCGAUAUUCCAGUUGAGGUUGCUGAACAGCGAGAUCCAAAGGGUUUGUAUAAAAAGGCUCGAGCAGGAGAAAUCCCCAAUUUCACGGGAAUUUCUGCGCCAUACGAGGCACCAGAAGCAGCCGAGGUUCAUCUGAGGACCGAUCAAUUAUCUGUGGAGGAGUCGGUUGCCAAGGUCAUGGAAUACCUGCAUUCUAAGAAUUUGCUUCCAAAAUAG